CUUGCCCACAGCUGAGCAGCUGGGAGGCUAUUUAUAAAGGCGGGUGAGAUCAGCGGCCGGCGAGGCUAUAAAUGAGUGGCCAGCCAGGCCCAUAAGAGCAGUCGCCUGGGGCGCCAGAGCUGUGGGCUGUGAGCGGGAUGAGCGCCAGCGCGGGUGGUGGUGGUGGCGACAGCAGCAGCAGCUCACAAGCCUCCUGCGGGCCUGAGUCCUCAGGCUCUGAGCUCGCUCCUGUGGUGCCAGCAGCACAAAUGCUUCAGGGACUACUAGGCUCUGAAGACGAGGAGCAAGAGGACCCCAAGGACUACUGCAAGGGCGGUUACUACCCUGUGAAGAUCGGAGACCUGUUCAAUGGACGGUACCACGUGGUGCGCAAGCUGGGCUGGGGCCACUUCUCCACUGUGUGGCUGUGCUGGGACAUCCAGCGCAAGCGCUUCGUGGCCCUGAAAGUGGUGAAGAGCGCUGGGCACUACACCGAGACAGCUGUGGAUGAGAUCAAGCUCCUGAAAUGCGUCCGAGACAGCGACCCCAGUGACCCCAAAAGAGAGACUGUUGUCCAGCUCAUCGACGACUUCAGGAUCUCAGGGGUUAAUGGAGUCCAUGUGUGCAUGGUGUUAGAGGUCCUAGGCCAUCAGCUGCUCAAGUGGAUCAUCAAGUCCAACUAUCAGGGUCUGCCGGUGCCCUGUGUGAAGAGCAUCGUGAGGCAGGUGCUGCACGGCCUGGACUACCUGCACACCAAGUGCAAGAUCAUCCACACGGACAUUAAGCCCGAGAACAUUCUGCUGUGCGUUGGCGAUGCCUACAUCCGGCGCCUGGCCGCUGAGGCCACCGAGUGGCAGCAGUCAGGGGGGCCGCCCCCAUCACGCUCCACAGUCAGCACAGCCCCACAGGAGGUCUUGCAGAUGGGUAAGCUGUCCAAAAACAAGAAGAAGAAGAUGAGGCGCAAACGGAAGCAGCAGAGACGACUGCUGGAGGAGCGGCUGCGGGACCUGCAAAGGCUGGAGGCCCUGGAAGCGGCAGCGCAGGCAGAGGACUCCAGCUCCAGGCUGGAGGGGGGCAGCGGCUCCACUUCCUCCUCAGGCUGCCACCCUGGGGGAACCUCGGCUUCCCCUGCCCCCAGGGGCGAGCGCAGCCUCAGCCCUGGCUCCCAGACCUCUGGCUUCUCCGGCUCCCUUUUCUCUCCUGCCUCGGGCUCUAUCCUCUCUGGCUCAUCCAACCAGCGGGAGAUGGGGGGCCUCCUGUCGCCCAGCAUGCCGUUUGGUGCCUCGAACCUCCUGGUCAACCCCCUAGAGCCCCAGAAUGCAGACAAGAUCAAGAUUAAGAUUGCAGACCUGGGAAACGCCUGCUGGGUGCACAAGCACUUCACGGAGGACAUCCAGACGCGGCAGUACCGGGCCGUGGAGGUGCUGAUUGGCGCUGAGUAUGGGCCCCCCGCCGACAUCUGGAGCACAGCGUGCAUGGCUUUCGAGCUGGCUACCGGGGACUACCUGUUCGAGCCUCACUCUGGCGAGGAUUACAGUCGCGAUGAGGACCACAUUGCCCACAUCGUGGAGCUCCUGGGGGACAUCCCCCCGGCCUUCGCCCUGUCAGGCCGCUACUCCAGGGAGUUCUUCAACCGUAGAGGCGAGUUGCGGCACAUCCACAACCUCAAGCACUGGGGCCUGUACGAAGUGCUCAUGGAGAAGUACGAGUGGCCCCUGGAACAGGCCACGCAGUUCAGCGCCUUCCUGAUGCCCAUGAUGGAGUAUAUCCCUGCAAAGAGGGCCAGUGCGGCCGACUGCCUGCAGCACCCCUGGCUCAACCCCUAGCCCACCUGAAGCCCCUGGGGCACUGGAAGCUGGGUCUUUUCCUAAUAAAGUGCGAGCUGACACCUGG